UUCACCAACGAGGGAGAGUGAAGCAAGUUCAGUGUAACCCGUAAGCCAUGGUCUUACACGUGGUGAUUCUUGGCCGGUAUAGCAGCAAGAUGUGACUGUUACGCUAUCAAGUGUUUUAGGUGCAUUAAUAUGCGGAAAGUAAAUUAUAAUUAUUUUUUCUUUUAAGAUUUGUAAUAAAUCGAUGCUAUGGGGAAAACAAAGACGAAAAACCAGAAGAAGUCGCGUCUAAACGCGAUCCGCCAAGGGGAGGAGGACUUCGGCAAGGUACCGCACUCCUUCGUGUUCCACCGCGGACAGAUCGGCAAGAAUGCAGGCCAGCUAGUCACGGACAUGCGGCAUGUGAUGGAGCCUUUCACCGCCGAGAAUCUGAAGGUGCGGAAGAAGAAUGUCCUGAAAGAUUUUGCAGCGGUUGCGGGACCACUGGGAGUGACCCAUUUCAUGAUCUUCACCAAAACUCCCAGUAGCAUCAAUAUGCGGUUGGCCCGGCUCCCCAAAGGACCCACGAUGUACUUUAAACUACUGAAGUACACCCUUGUCAAAGACAUCGUCUCAUCGCUGAAGAGACACAGAAUGCACCAACAGCAGUUCACUCAUCACCCGCUGCUGGUGCUGAACAACUUCGGCUCGACGGGCAUGCAAGUCAAGCUGAUGGCCACCAUGUUCCAGAACAUGUUCCCUUCCAUCAGUGUGCACAAAGUGAACCUCAACUCCAUAAAGAGAUGCGUGUUGCUGAAUUAUGACCCGCUGUCAGAAGAGAUAGAAUUCCGUCAUUAUAGCCUGAAGGUGGUGCCCGUGGGAAUGAGUCGCGGGGUGAAGAAGCUGAUGCAGGAACGCUUCCCCAACAUGAGCCGCUUCGAUGACAUCAGCGAGCUGCUCAUGAAGGGAGCCAACCUGUCUGAGAGUGAAGCGGAGCAGGACGGGGAUCACAAUAUCACCGAGCUGCCCCAGGCGUACUCUGGCCGGGGCAACAUGUGCUCGCAGCAGAGUGCAGUGCGGCUGACGGAGAUUGGCCCCAGGAUGACAAUGAAGCUAGUGAAGAUUGAGGAGGGCAUGGGGGCAGGGAAUGUUCUUUAUCACUCUUUCAUCCAAAAGAGUGAGGAGGACAUUCGAGAGAUAUUGAAGAGGAAGGAGGCACAGUUGAAGCUGAAGCAGGAGCGCAAGAAAAAGCAGGAGCAGAACAUUCUUCAUAAGAAGGAGAAACGGGAGGAGAACAAGAAGAAGAGCCUGGCAGGUAUUAAAAGGAAGCACCAGGAUCAGGAGGGAGCUACAGACAGUGAAGUGGAAGAUCCUGGGCAGCAGGAUGACCAGGCUGCGGCUGAGUCGGAAGAUGAGGCAGAGUACUACAGACAGGCUGUAGGGGAGGAGCCAGAUGAAGGUAUGUUCCCCAUGGCCAAAAAGAAGCAGAAUGCGGACAAGUCUUUGAGGCCUUUUAAGAAGAGGAAGAUGUCAGUGGGCAAAGACUCUGGCCAAGGGGGGGCGCCCAAACGGGGAAGGAGAGCUGGGGGAGGCCCCAGCCCCAAACGCUCUAGUAGGCCUGGUACUAAGGCCCGCCCACAGAACCAAGACAGAAAACAGAGCAAAAAAGGUGUUAAGAACUUUGGCGUGAAAAAGGGAGAAAGGGGCCUGAAGCUGAAAAGACAGAACGGCAAUCCUAGGCCUGGGUUUAAGAAAGGGGGAAAACAGGGGUUUAGACAGAAGAAAGGGAAAGGAAGACCGUGAGCCUGUAUUAGACCUGACUGCUGAGUGCUGUACAGAGGGACUGUCUCUCAGGUCUUGGGCCCAGCAAAGAUGGGGCUUGCCCUCUGUCCCCGCCCACAUGGCCUCUGUCCCCGCCCACAUGGCCUCUGUCCCCGCCCACAUGGCCUCUGUCCCCGCCCACAUGGCCUGUUAGUGGGGUGGAGAAGCUCAAUGGUGCCCCGUUCUUGAGUUUAAUGGCUACCUUAGUGAUGGUCUUGAAUUUGGAUGCCCAUCGACUAAAAAUACUUUUGUACCAUAAAAAUCUGUUUCUACAUUCAAAUUUAAUAAAUGUAUUUAAAUUGUUUGACACCUGA